AUGGCUCUCAUUCAGCUUAGCGGCCCUGGCGGCCAGAGUUGGAGCCCAGUACCAGAUUUCAACUCUUCCGAAAAUUCCUUCCAUAUCCUCAUAUCUUCGUCGCCGAAGAACGCUCAGCUAUGCCGCACAAUCACUUCGUCUAUGAUUCUCGAAUACCCACCCUUUACGCUGUUGAGACCGAAACCAGAAACGCGAAAGGGAGCUACCGCUAAGCAGGCCGCGGUUGAAAAGGUUGAGUCCAUGCUCACAUUCCUGAAGACAAAUCAACGAAUUGGAGAAAGGGAUCUGCUAUUGAUAGUGGACAGCGAUGAUACAGUGUUUCAGUUGCCGCACGAUGUUCUUAUCGAUCGUUACAUGGAGAUAACACGCCGGAAGAAUGAGCACCUGAGAAGCAAAUACGGUACAAAAGUUUUGAUCAAUCCUGAAAAUGAGAAUGAUCGUUAUACUGUUCAGAAAUAUACGCAAAGAGCUUUGUUUGCUGCUCGAAAAGACUGCUCCUCAAACCUUACCGACAGUGCAGCCUGCGCCAGUGUCCCGCAGUCUCCAUUGCCACCAGACAUAUAUGGAGCGAAAACGGAUAAGAAACGCGAUGGAACUCUAACUAGGCCUCGGUGGAUUGAGUCAGGCGCCGUCAUGGGUCAAACAUCGGACUUGAUCCCCAUAUACGAACGGGUUCUGGAGGAAAUGAAGAAACAGCCCCUACGUGCCAAUGAGCAAUUGAUCUUCACCAACAUGUUUGGCGCACAAGAAUAUUCUAGGGAGAUAGAAAGGCGGAAAACGGUCAGUCCCUUCAAGGAAUGGCUCUGGGAUUAUAUGGGAAUUUUGGAAGCUACCAACGUCACCAAGGUGCGCGCUCACAUACAACCGGGAGCGCAGCAUGAAUUUGGCAUGGGGCUUGAUUAUGAAGGACAGCUUUUUCUCAGUACGAGGAAGACACUAGGUGAUAUAGAAUGGCUGAGGUAUCGAGAUUCGCGAAAAGUGUCAUCUGUCCAAAUACAGCAUGGAAUUCCGCGAGAAGUGCGCUUGAAUCUGCCACUUGAUGUCGAACAGAACGAGCUGAAUCCGUUCACAAAAGUGAAGUUGUCAAACAGUUUGUCUAGUAAAACUGCAAACAUGACGAGCAUCGAUGUACUCCCACCUUCAUGGAAUUUUACGUGGAAUGACUUACCGCUCGUCACAUAUAUUCAGACAGCGGCAGUACCUGCACUGAUCCACACUGGCGGCGAGACAAAUGUCCGUCAAACUUUCUGGCUUAACUCGUGGUUUCAUCCAUGGGCUCGAGCAUUAUUGCGCAACUACGUGCGAUCUGCGCCGAAAGAGCGUCCGGUGCAAGUUCCAACUUUGGGCACUACGGAUUUACUGAGACACCCCAACAGAAAAGGCGGAAUGUGGACCGAUAACGACGAGUGGAUGAGCUUCGAGGAUCUCUGCUCUGGCCUUGAAGUCCCUCUCUUUGACGACGAACUUGGUCCCUGGGGCUCAGAGAAACCAAGCGCACUUCGUGCAGUCUACAAUCUCUGGGGUAAACUCAUGGCAGGAAAGGGACCUAAAUAUAGAAACCUAGGCGAAAUGAGGUCUGAAGCAGAGGAAAUAGAGAGAUUCAUCCUUGGAAUCGAAGAUGACGAGGAAGAGGACGAGGAGACUGAGUAA